UGAAUUCUGUUUCUUAUUAUUACGGAGACCGAACAUUUAUGUACAAAACUGAUUUAUCCACUUGCAGUUCUCCUUUUCACAUAUCGACAUCCACUUCCAAUUUUCCGGUCUCUCCUCUUUUCACUUGGUACCAACCUAGUUCAAGAAAGGAUACACGUACACUGUUGUAAACAGGUCGGGAUGUUUGACUCUCUGUGUUGUACAGAUGUGAAUAGGUGACAGGAUGCAGACAAGUCAGACAUCACUACAAUAUGACCAUUAUCAGGGGGCAGUGUACCCACUUGACUUACAUGCAGACCCAAACCAUGGCCAGUUUAGAAAGACACACAUAAAAUCACUGGUGAAUCUGUGUGCAGAAUACAUUGUACGUGAUGCUUCCUUUACCAGAGAAGCAGUGCAGCAUAUUCCCUACCACCUUAGUGUGGCUCUCAUGCAAGCAGCCCUUCUUGAUAAUCGUGACCGCUCGAUGGAAACCCUGAUUUCUCAUUGGCCUCUCAACAGCCUCACUCUUAAAAAGCUUGCUCCGAGUCUUUUCACAUCUGUGGUGCCUUUGUACAACUCAACAUACUUGACUGACAUUGUCCGUCAGAGUCUGCGCUACACCACCUGUCUAUCACACACAUUCCUAGAGUGUCUAAAGAAACGUACACCAACAAAACUUAAGUAUCUUGACAUGACAGGAUUCCCUACAGCUGAAGUAAUCCUGUUUUAUCUGGCAACUCACUGUAUGUUGGCACACAACGAGGCCCGCCAGACUGUCAUGGUGAAUAUGUACAACAGAGUGGUCAACCUGCUCCCCGACCAGACUCAGUCGAAUGAGUCUUCCCCCCAGCUGAUGACUGCAGAUACUACCAUCCCAGAUUCCAGCUUUACAGUGAAAAUGGAUGCCUUUGUCACCUCCGACCAGACACAUGCAGAACUAUGUAAAGCUCUAAAAGUCUCUGGCUUCCAGGACAGUAAGCUGAAAAUUGUCCUGGAAAAAUUAGAUGCAACUUGCCUUGGGGAACAGAAGCUCCAAAUACUCCUACAACAAAUCAAUCCAAAGUUCCUGCAAGGUCUGCGUCUGAAGUAUAACGCACUGAGUUGUGAGGACUUCUGUAAGUUGUCCCCUGUGUUAGAGAGGUUUGAUAGACUUACUGCCCUGGACCUGUCCUGUAACAACAUCAGACAUAAGGAUUCAUGUGACAGUUUGGCACAUCUCCUGUCUUUUCUGCCUCAUCUUAUCCGACUAGACCUCAGCAACAAUCGUGUGAAAACCCGCCUUCGCCAGGUUUUAUCCAAUAUGACCAGUACAUUGCAGUACUUGCGACUAGUGGCUUGUGGUCUUGCCUUGACUGAUGUUGCAUAUUUAUCAGUCUCCCAUCACAUAUCUGGUCUACAAGAGCUGGAUCUUAGUGAGAACAAUCUACAGCCAGCUGCUGCUAACCUCAGUAAACUGUUAAAGGGCUGCAAGUCCACACUGCACACACUGGAGAUGGAGGACUGUAAGUUGCGUGACGACACGAUGGAGAUGGUGGCCGGUAACCUAGCCUCUAUGGAAACUCUUAUGUACAUGAAUCUGUCAGACAAUUCACUGAGUUUGUCUGUUCAUGAGUUUGUGAUGGAAGCAGUGGUAGGACUGCCCAGUAUUCAGGCAUAUCGACUGUCUUUCUCCAAGGACUGCUACAGUGCUGAUAUACCAGACUAUCAACAGGUGAUGAGGAAGGACUUUUGUGUAGGACAAAUGUAUCGUGUAAUGAGGAAUGUAAGAGGGGAGGCCACUCUCCCACAUCUAAUAUUUGUGGAGCUAGAGAGAUUAGAUUAUGUGGAAUGAAUCAGAAUGACAAUAAACGAACAGAUAACAAACUGGGAUCAAUGGAAUAAGUCAUUCAUAUGCCGUAAAUCAUGUCACUUGUGAUAUAUAUCUCUUUGCAUAUAUCAUACUUAACCUACACUACAAAUCCAUACAAGUUACAACACAAAGGCCAAUAAUUGUAUGAUGGCACUUCGUUCCUGUAUGGAAAGGCCGUCGUAGCAAUACUUGGCUUGGUGGCUCUCGAUAGCUAGGUAGCUUAGUUAGUGACAUUUUGAUUGAUGAAUCUACAAUGAUAAUAGUUCUGUACUACAGUAGAACACUAUAUAUCUAAUCCUCUCUAAGGAUAUUUAGUUAAGCUGUUGUUUGAAUGUGACUUCAUGACAAUAUUUAAAUGUUUUUAUAUGCGUGUGAAAGGGGCAUCACAGGAGUUAAUUAUAAGAUCUUUGAAAGUUUGGAUGUGUGGCUAUGGUGUAUGCAGCAUUCUACUGAUGUACAUUAGUAUUGUAAAUCUCUGACUAUCCCAGAUUAUGGACAAUAUCAUUGUUCAAUAUUAAUACUCAUGAGCUGGAAGUAGUAAAAACCUGACUUCACGGUCAAAAAAUAGUGUGGAAAGGAAACGCCACACUCUCAAUUUGACAUUUGUUCUUAAAAACUGAAAUACAGGCUUAGCAAAACCAAAGAUUUAUGUUGGGAGAUCUUAUCUGGUAUUAGUUACCUCAUGAACCAGCAGUGUAUUUCAUACCAACAUACAGGUCACAAUAACCUACAUUCUGUUGUUUCAUGCAGAAACAUAUUAUGUGCAGGGUAUUCAUUAUGCUCCUACUGUAAUUGUUUGUUUUUUCUAGUUUAACUAGCUUGCCUUUGGUUAGAAUGAAAGUUAUAAUUACAAUGGUCGGUAUUGCUUUGUGAUUUGGAAACAAAAGUUAUGAAAUGAAAAAAAUUUAAUCUCUUGAACUGUAGCAGACUUAUACAAUUAUGUACAUGUAGUGUUAUGGUUAUUGUUGCCACUACAAAUGGAUCCAGCAAGUGCUCUAUAAACACAAUCUUGUUGAUUCACAUACACCCAUAUUAACCACAGGCGUCUGGUUAGUAUUUUUUGGCGAAAAAGAAAAGAAAAAAUAGCCCCAAUUCCUACAUAUACUAUAUCAACAAGGUAAAACACUUGAAGUGGGGGUGAGAUUUGAUUCACUUUUAAGUUCAAUAUGACUAAAAUAUUAAAUGCACACAAACUUCAGUAACGUACCUUGAUUUAAAAUCCUUAAAUAUCAACUCUGUUAUUGUUUAUUCGUAUGACAAUGAUUUAAAGAUGAGAAAUUGGACAAAAGCAGUCGUGAUAGCCGAAGAUGCGUCAGUUCUGGAACGGAAGUAGUUUAUAUAUUUUAGAGAGGUUUUGCAACAGGCAAUCUUAUUGAUGGACAGCUCUGUAACAGUCCUAACCAUAAUUGUCCACCAAUCAGACUGGCCAUUUUAAAACAGCUCUUAGAUAGAUAGCCUACGACUGUUCCACAGUUGAUGUAUUGUCUGAUCGUCAAGUGUUGCACCUUGUAGAUUUAGUUGGAGGAAGAGCUGAUAAGUGAUAUUUUUCCAUAAAAACGUGUACUAACAAGAUGCAGACGCCAGUGCAUUGACUUAGGUAAACCAUUGUGUUUCGCAUUUGCAGAGAGAGAUAGAGAGAUAGGUUGUACACAAACUUCUAAUGAUAUCUACUGAUGGAAAUAAAUAUGAAUACAUACACA